CCCAAAUUUCUUUGUCACUUUCAAAAUCUUAUUUGUAAACAAACUUGAAAGGAUUUUAAAAUUAUGUUAAAACAAGUACCUAACAAAUGAAACAAUUACACAACGAUUAUAGAACGAACCAAAAUAAGGUAGCUGCACCCUGGUACUCCAGAGAUAGUGAUAUAGUAAAAUUGGAAAUGGAAACAAUGAAUGAAAUUAUUACAAGUUCUGCUAAUGGACAAGAAGAGAGACUUCAUCAUCAUGUGAAUAGUGAGGCUAUCAAAUUCCUGGACAAUUCACAGUUAGUGAGAAGACAGGAGUCAGCAAAAAACUAAUAGAAAGAAAUAGUGCAAGAGAUCUGAAGGUAGCACAUUGUUGGGUGCUUUUGCCGGUGUAGGCGCUCUUUUCUUGGUGUUUCUCCUUUACAUUAAUAAAAGAUGGUGGUUGAAUACUGUAAGUGGUAUGAGUUGUUGCGAAGAAGCCUGCCCGACAGUAAGCAGCGGCAAUCAUCUAUCGUCAACACCCGUGCCUUCUGCAACAUCGCCAAACAGCAACAAGCACAAAUUACCAAAAGGAUACUCCUUCGACGUCGUCGAUUCUAGCUCCGAUUCGGAGUUGGGUGGUACGAAAGAGGAGCAAACAUGUGCUAUUCCGACGGUCGCCGUCGCUACGGUGCAAUAUUAUCCGCCGAAGCAGCAGGAUUUGAUUUCCCUAGUGGAAAAAGGAAGGGUCGGCAUGAGUAGUAAUAGCUCUUGCUGUAGCUCAACCACUAGUUCCGUUGGUGAAAAACAUGGUGUACCAGCUACCAAAAUCACUAAUCAAAUAACCCCAAACAAUAAAAAUACAUUCAGGCCGCAAAAUUCCCUUCGAGAAACCAAAAUCGACAAUCAAGUCGACUUAGUCGCAUAUGAAAAGCCGGAAAAUGUAACCACAACUGAACACAUGGAUAUCAACAGUAACCGAGAUUGCAUAGUUGUGAUGACAACCGAGAGCGAGAACAGCGAGCUCAUUUCCUGCGUUGGAUCCGAACCGGAAGUGGGAGUCGCAGCUUCGAGCAAAUGCGGUCAUUUAGAGAUUGCGCUUCUUUAUGAUGCGCCGAUGCGGAAAAUGACCGUGCAUGUGCUUCAAGCAAGAGAUAUUCCCAGUAGGGAUAGAGGUCAACCUACACACACUCAAGUACGUUUGAUUUUGUUACCCAGUAAGAAGCAAAAGCACAAAACUAAGAUACGUUCUGGUGAUAAUCCACAGUAUAUGGAAAGUUUUCUAUUACAUAGAGUAAACCCAGAGGAUGUAAAUUCAAUGGGUGUUAGACUUCGUUUAUACGGCUGUGAACGAAUGCGAAGAGAACGUUUAAUUGGUGAGGCAGUGGUCAGUUUCGCAAAUAUCAAUUUAGAAUUAGAGAACAACUUUUGGUUAACGUUAGAAUCAAGAGCAAAUGCCACGUUAAAUGGUUGCACUGGCGAAUUAAUGAGCCUUGCCCGAUCCGAUAGCACUGGAUCAACUCAUUCUAUGCAACACGGCGGGGUUCCCGAAUUAUUACUCGGUUUAAGUUAUAACGCAACUACUGGAAGACUCAGUGUAGAAGUUGUUAAAGGUUCACACUUUAGGAACUUAGCUAUAAACAGAGCUCCAGAUACUUACGUAAAACUUUUACUCGUCAGUAGUACAGGUCAAGAAUUAGCCCAUAGUAAAACAACGGUUAGAAGGGGUCAACCUAACCCUCUCUUCAAAGAAACGUUUGUAUUUCAAGUUGCUUUAUUCCAAUUGGCCGAUGUAACAUUGAUGGUUUCGGUUUAUAACCGAAAAGGAGUAACGAAAAAGAAGGAAAUGGUGGGUUGGUUUAGUUUGGGUUUGAAUUCAAGUGGUGCCGAAGAAUUAGCCCAUUGGAUGGAUAUGAAGGAGUUUCAACAAGAACAAAUUUGUCGAUGGCACGUGCUGUUGCAUUCAUAGCCUCAAAUUCAUACAUAUCAUUCAUGAUUUUUCUUAACAAGCGCUUAAUCUUGAUAUUUCUCUAAUUAUUCAUCGUUUCUCAUUGUAACUGUUUAUGUCACUUAUUUUAAGGAAAAAAUACUGGAGAAAGAAAAGGAGAUGAAAAAUAUAAUUUUUUUUAAAGAUCUUUUGAUCUUAAAAGGUAAUCAAAAAAAAUGAGAGCGGUAAGCAGCACAAGUAGAAUAAAAUUAUUUAGAUUUCAACUUUUAAAAUCUAUUUCAUAAAAUGAACCAAGUUAAAUUAUUUCGAUUAAAUUUAAGCGUUUAAGAGAAACAAUUUAAUUUGGUUUUAAUUUUUAUUAAAAAUAUAAGAUAUCUUUCUUCAAAUUCGUCUAGCUUCUAAGCUGUAAAAGUAAAAAGAAAUUCAAGAGAAACUAUGUAUGCCUUAUUAUUAUAACUUAUAUUAAAAAAAAAUAUUUAACUAUGAUCGCGUUUUUUACUAUUCGAGCGGAGUUUAAGGGUUAAAACUAGUUUUUCCAACUCAUAAUUAAAAAAAAAUUAUUUUAGAACGAUUCAUAAACUGCUGGUCGGUUCUUUUGUGGGUUGAGCGCAACUUUUAUUGUGAUAUUACAAACGAAUUUGUUCGAAAAAAUGAUAAAUAUGAUAAAAACUAGAACGAUUUUGAUAUAAAAUGCUAAGAGAGAAAAGAAAAUUAAGAGAAAUUGAGAUAAAAAUGCUCAUAAUUUUUUCGUUCAAAAAUAUUUUUCUUAAAUUAAAUCUCUUUCUCUAUGACGUCAUGAAAAGUCUACUCUUUAUUGGAGACAAAAAAAGGAAGCACAAAUUAUCUGUAAGAUUUAACAAUUUUGUAUAUAAUAAUUUUAAAUACGGCAAAUUUAAAGAAAGUUAAAGUAUACAAAAAGAAACAAGG